AUGUCGUAUGCCCCAUUACAACCACACACGCACCAGGAGGGCGUGGCCACGGUGCUCUGCUGCAACUGUGGAGUGCCCAUGGACGGGUCGCUGGGCCUAGUCAUGUGCUACGACUGCAUCAAAUUGAACGUCGACAUCACCGAGGGCAUUCCCCGUGAGGCCAACAUCUCGUUCUGCAGAAACUGCGAGCGGUUUUUGCAGCCGCCCAGCCAGUGGAUCCGCGCGGAGUUGGAGUCGCGCGAGCUCUUGGCCAUCUGCUUGCGCCGCUUGAAGGGCUUGUCCAAGGUGCGUUUGAUCGACGCCUCGUUCAUCUGGACCGAGCCGCACUCGCGCCGUAUCAGGGUCAAGUUGACUGUGCAGGGCGAGGCCUUGCAGAACACCAUCGUGCAGCAGACCUUUGAGGUCGAGUACGUGGUGAUUGCCAUGCAGUGCCCGGACUGUGCCAAGUCCUUCACCACCAACACCUGGAGGGCCACCGUCCAAAUCAGGCAGAAGGUGGCACACAAGAGAACGUUCCUUUACUUGGAGCAGUUGAUCUUGAGACACAACGCGCACGUGGACACCAUCUCCAUCCAGGAGGCCAAGGACGGCUUGGACUUCUUCUACGCGCAGCGCAACCACGCCACGAAAAUGGUGGACUUCUUGUCGGCCGUGGCCCCCAUCAAAAACAAGCGCUCCGAGGAGUUGGUCAGCAUAGACACGCAGUCCGGCUCGUCGUCGUACAAGUUCACUUUCUCCAUUGAAAUCGCCCCCAUCUGCCGUGACGAUCUCGUGGUCCUCCCCAAGAAGUUGGCCAACCAGUUCGGCAACAUCACGCGCUUGGUCGUGUGCCACAAGGUCACCAACAUGUUGCAGUUCAUCGACCCCAACACCUUGCAAACCGCAGACUUGCCUGCGGCCUUGUACUGGAAGAAGCCUUUCCUCCCGCUCCUGGACGUCAACCAGCUCGUGGAGUUCAUUGUUUUGGAUGUCGAGCCCACGGGCGACAUGAAGGGCAAGUACGUGCUUGCCGACGUCACCGUGUGCAGGGCCUGUGACUUGGGUGUCAACGACAGAACCUUCUACGUGCGUUCCCACUUGGGUGCCUUCUUGCAUGCCGGCGACCUGGCCAUGGGCUACUACUUGACCAACACCAACUUCAAUUCGGACUUGUGGGACUCCUUGGACACAGAAAACACCCCAGAAGUCGUGCUCAUCAAGAAGCACUACACGAGGAAGUCCAAGAAGAACAGAAACAGAAAGUGGAAGUUGAAGAGAAUGGCCCGCGAACACAACGAGAUCGUCGCUAACGACGACUCCAGACAGGCCAAGCAGGAGCAAGAGAGAGCGGAGAGAGACUACGAGUUGUUCUUGCAGGAGUUGGAAGAGGACCAGGAGUUGAGACAUACCAUCAACUUGUACAAGGCCGGCGAGGAGCCUGUGCCAAGUGCCGAGGACGAAAACGACAUGGAGGAGGACGACGAAGACGCCGUGGAAAUUGGCAUCGACGAGUUGUUGGACGAGAUCGAUGGCAUGACUUUGGAGUAG